CAUAAAAGACCAGAUUUAGGUGGUUUAUGUAAGACACACACUGUCUAAAGAGAGCGAUGAGGUUCUUGGGAAUUGUAGUGCUUUUCGCUGUUAUAUCUUCAUGCCCUGCAGUAAUAUUGACAGACUACACACGGUGUGAAAGUCAUGGUACAAUUAAUUCAAUACUUUUCGAGCCAUGCCAGAAGGAGCCAUGCCAUGUACAGGGAAGUCAAAAUUAUACAGCACAAGUCAACUUUACAGCACACGAACAUAGUAUGACGCUUGAAAACAUCUACCAUGGAUUUUUCGCUGGUGUCCAAGUACCAUUCGAAGUAAAUCCGAAAGACGCGUGCACGGAUAGCGGCAUACACUGUCCUCUUAUACCGGGGGAAUCACAUGUUUAUGUCGCAAAUGUAACAAUUCCAGCAUAUGCCACUUCCGUUGGGAUGCGUUUGGCUGGACAAUGGGAAGUCAGAGAUGACACGGGCCAUAACUUGAUGUGUUUUGUAUUUCCUCUAAUCCUGACUUAGACGAAAUGAAUUCCAUAAAGUGACUGAAUAAUAAAAGUCUAUUUUAAAAUGAAA